CUCUUGGAGAAGCGUGGUAGUGUUGAAGCGAGGAGUGCAAGGCAGGUGUUUAGGGGCUGCAGCACGGAUGGCGGAGGAAACAGAGUAUAAGGAUCCUGUGGAAUCCGAGGAGAGGAAAGGGAAGCUGACAGCAACACUUCUUCUUGUGACCCUGGUGUCCACCGUUGGAUCAUCUUUCCAGUAUGGAUAUAAUGUGGCUUCAGUAAAUUCUCCUGCUCCAUUUAUGCAAAGCUUUUAUAAUGAAACGUACCUUGAACGUUACGGCUUGCUAAUGGGCAAAGACUUAGAGACCAUCCUGUGGUCACUUACUGUCUCGUUAUAUCCACUAGGUGGAUUCUUUGGAUCUUUAUUGGUGGGGCCUUUAGUCAACAAACUUGGCAGAAAAGGCACUUUGCUUUUGAACAACAUCUUUUCCAUUGUCCCGGCUAUUUUAAUGGGAACCAGCGUCCUGUCCAAGUCUUUUGAGGUCAUCAUCGCCUGCCGUUUGGUUAUCGGCAUCUGUGCAGGUCUGUCCUCCAAUGUUGUCCCAAUGUACCUCGGUGAGAUGUCCCCCAAAAAUCUUCGAGGAGCUAUUGGUGUGAUGCCCCAACUGUUGAUCACUAUUGGUAUCCUUUUUGCACAGAUAUUUGGAAUCCGCAUCAUCCUUGGAAAUCGAGAUGGUUGGCCCAUACUGCUGGCACUGACGGGAAUCCCUGCUGUGGUGCAGCUGAUGUUACUGCCCUUCUUCCCUGAAAGCCCAAGAUACACAUUGCUGCAGAAAGGCAAAGAGGAUGAAGCCAAAAAGGCACUGAAGCGUUUAAGGGGCUGUGAUGAUGUGGAUAAUGAAAUAAAUGAAAUGUAUCAAGAAGACCAAUCAGAGAAGGCAGAAGGACGCCUGUCAGUCGGAAACCUGUGCACGUUUCGUCCACUUCGCUGGCAACUCAUCUGUAUUAUUGUCAUGAACAUGGGACAGCAGUUGUCAGGGAUAAAUGCGGUUUAUUACUAUGCAGAUACAAUAUACUCACAAGCCGGAGUUCCAGAUCAGACAGUUCAGUAUGUCACAGUGGCCACCGGAUCUGUCAAUGUUCUGAUGACUUUGGUUGCAAUCUUCAUUGUUGAAUCUUGGGGGAGAAGGUUACUCCUGCUCCUAGGCUUUGGGACUUGUUGCACGGCUUGUGUUGUGUUGACUAUUGCACUUGUAUAUCAGUCAACAGUGCACUGGAUGCCGUACCUUAGCAUUGCCUGUGUCAUCAUCUAUGUGAUCGGUCAUGCCAUAGGACCAAGUCCCAUUCCCUAUGUUAUCACCACUGAGAUGUUUCGCCAAGCCUCCCGCCCUGCAGCCUUUAUGGUGGCUGGCAGUGUACACUGGUUAUGCAACUUCAUUGUUGGACUCAUUUUUGAGUUCCUGAGGAAAGGAUUAGGCUCCUACUGUUUCAUCCUUUUUGCUGCCAUCUGUCUGGCAACUUUCCUCUUCAUUUUCUUUGUGGUUCCCGAAACUAAGGGUAAAACAUUCCUGGAGAUCAGUCAGAUAAUGGCCAAAAAAAAUGGACUUGAUGAGAUAACAGACUCCAAGGAAUUUCAGGACUUUAACCCACCAAUGAACUACACCACCCUGGAGAAGGAGAAGGCAGAUAAUGCCACUGUCACAGCAAUGUGAUCAUCUGCUCUUUCUUUAUGACCUGGUUUAAUACCUCGAUAUGAAAAAUAGUUACCACUAUUUUAAAAAUAGCUUUAAACAAUAUAAAUGUUGAUUUCUUUAUUUUCUACAAGACUAGUAAGAACAACUGAGAUAUUUUGAGCUUUGGUUUUGGUAAGUGUUCCCAUUAUCUACCAUUUGUAGAUUUUUGUUUAUAAUAAUAAAAUAUGUUUUUGUGUUGUGUUU